AAAGUUCAAGAACUCCUACGAGUGCGAGUGCUCUUUCGCCCUCGGUAAGAAUAUUGUUGCCCCGUAACGAGCUUCUCGCUUCUUACUAAAAGAUGGUUACCGAUGUCGAUAUAAAGGAGGCUCUCGCUUCCGGUUAAUUCUGUCGCCUUGUCCGCAAGGAGAUCGAGUUUUACUGCGCCAACUUCGGUCUCGAUGCCGAGCUUGUUUCUCACUCCCGUAUGCGCGGUCUCUGCGGUGGUCAGCGUGUCAAGGUCUGGCUGGCACUUGACGAUCGAAUCUUCGUCCGGUUAUUUUUGGAAACUUGCGCCCACCAGCACCAUUCUACUCAUUGGCCUUCUCCUGGUAUUUAGGUUGGGCUUGUUGGUACUUAGGGUGGGACUUCGUCUCAAUCUGGAACAAGUUCCACAUCCUCGUCCUCAGAACUGGUUUCUGAGCCACCAGAACGGGCAUCGCUCCCCGAACGCCCAACUGCAUCCUCCUUCCAUCACUCCGACUCCAGGUGCGGGUCGCUCCCUUCUUCCGGCUCAUCUUUCUUUGUCUUUCAUCGCUGUCUUUCAUCUAGAGGGUGCUUUUUCUCCCUCGUUCCAUCUACUCGUUUUUCUUCCGCUUUUCUCUCCCUCGACCCUAGCUAACACGCUCGCCGAUCAGGAGCAAAUCGCGGGUGCCGUCAACACGACAUCCAAUACACGGCCUGCUCCGGCUGGCAAAGACCGUAUACCGACCAGCGUAUUAAUGGAGAGCGCAUCAAGUACGACCUGGUAAGCGUUACCGCAUAUAUGGGCUCUAAAAGUCAAGAAGAUAGGCCGAAGUAAAAUGUGAGAACGGUAUUUACACAAGGGAAGCAUACACCACUGCAACAGACGCGGUAGAGCAGGCGAGGGUGUACCAGCCGGUCCUUCAGCC